AGGAUGAGGCCUAGAUCCUCUACUUCUGUCGUGAGAAGCGUGGUGACUCCUAUUUCGAUCGUGAUGGUAGCGCUCACAACUGUGGCACUUUUAGUUGAUGCUGUAUUCAUUCUCGUGUACACUGCCCCUGUAAUAGGGAUAGGCUUAUUCGCACAGGGUGCAGAAUUAGAAAAUGAGACCAUCCCCGUUGUCGAAAACACAGUUCCUCCUCCAUCGUCAUCUGGACCUGCGGACAAAAGCAUCGCCCUACCUUCUCGUUCGUGCUGGCCGCAGUGUCACCGCGACGAUGAUGGUGGGACGAGUACCAUUGGCACGCCGCGCAUGUUCGCACACGUGUGGCUCUUCGACCACCGGAUUGAGGACAAUGCUACGGACAGAUCUGCGACCACCUGUCCCGCAAAUGUGGCAAGUACAUUGAGCUUUCUUUCGCAGUUUCUACAUCUCGAUGUCUACGGCCCAUGCGCGCAAACCCCCGCCUUAGGAUGGAAUACGUUCUAUGCACGAGAACGAGAGCAAGAGGUGGAUCUGCGAGAGUAUCUCUUCGUCCUUACUUGGCAUGCUGGCAUCGUCUGGGAAGCCGUGUCGCGGAUGACUCUUCCGGUUUUCUUCGGGCAGCGGGAAGACCUGUAUGUCGUCGUAGACGAUGAAGACGAUACGCACGCUAAGGAAGUAGUGAACUUGUCAGAAUUCCCAGUCAUUUUCGCCCAGGACUUCGCGACUCCGCAUCAUCUCACGUUUCUUCUGCAGAAGUUGACACAGCAUCCGGCACUCUACAAUAACUACUUUUCGCACUGGGCGAAGUACAAGAAGUUGGGGCCGCGCUUGAUUGCAUAUCCAGACUACUUUCGACAAGGAGGAACAGUUGCAGCUGUCGAAAACAACCACGAUAAGCUAGAGCACAAAACCACUUGCAGCAAGCGCCGGAACAGCGAUUACCAAGUCGUGUCAUCGCUGUUUAUUGACGGCAACUUGUCAUCUUCUCAGAAGACGUAUCAAAUAAAUGCAACGCAAGACUUUCAUGCUACGACAGUACCACGCAAGUACGCCGAAGUUUCUCGAUUGCGUGUUGCCUUUACAGAUGCCUCUGCUGCGUUCGUGGCAAGUGUCUUCGAGUAUCUGGGUCCGGACUUGGUGGCCCAGAAAAGCGUUCUCAUUAUCGACGCACCCAGCGACGCGAAAGCACUACUGCAGAGCAACGCGCGGCACGCGCUACAGCUACCAUUGUACACUUUUGGAUUUGGCAGCGUCGUGGAGGACACCAGCGAACGCGAUGAAACGAGGAAGCACCACCUUGAGCAUGACCUUGAACAGCAGGACGAUGUGUCAUCUGCUGAAGAUGUCGGCCUGCUUGAUUUCCGACACGCGUGGCAGACGCAGGACCUCAAUUUGGAAGCCGCGCGUAACGAAUUUCUGCCGCAAGAUGUGGUCGUUGCGGAGAUCUCGAAAAUUUUCCGCUGUGACAAACUUGGACAGCUAGACUCGACAUUUGAGCUAUUGAACUACGUCGCGAAAGAGGCUCUUGUGGUGAAGCUUACAAUUACGAGUCUACUGCAGAUGGCAAACGCAAUGUUUGUGGGCGGUCAGGAGGUAACGACGCGGCGUGCACAAUUUGCGGGUGCCAGGAUGCAUGGCGAAGGACUAUUUUCUUUUUCUUCAGAAGACCGCAAAGAAAAUUUGGCAGAUCUGUGGGCAGAGGCGGGGAUAAAUUCGGAUGAGGUAGAUACCGAUACGUCUUUGCCUUCCGCUUCCCCCAGCACAGGUCUCCGACCACUGUUGCCUCGACAGAGCGCUCACACAAAAAAAACAGGUCCAGAUCAUGCACUAAGAAAGAUCCGCGAUUUGGUUGUAAGUCGCAUUCUAAAUCGUGUUGUGCAUCGCCUGCGCCAGAACUUCGCUCAAGUUCAGCUUGCCUUUGAUAUACGACCAGAGGAGCAUCAAAGCUCUCGUCCUGUGGACGACAAUAAGGCUACUGCAGUGGAGGGCAUAGUUGUUACACUCGGAGAAGCACUUUUCCCGAAAGAAAGAAAGACCACUAGAAGGGAGGCGAAUGCUGAUGGUUCUACUUCAUCAGAGAAGAAUCAUGUUCAAAAUCAGGAAGAGCUUCGUCUUGUGCUUGAAAGUCAGGACAUCCUUGUUUCUGGUGGAAGCGUCGGCGCACCGCAAGAAGAGGGGACGCAAACCUUCAAUCUGUUUGCUUACAUGCGAAGUCUUUCAGACGUCUUUCCACACCUACUCGUUGGGAGAGCUUUUGCAGGGCGACCGGAUGAAACGUUAGAUAGCAGCAUUUUGCUUUCACGACCUUUCUAUCUGGUAGCAUCCCAGCCGACAACGUGGAAGAAAGAGACGAGCGUGGUGAAGACGGUUUUGGUGCAGCCGCAAAUGCCGGAGCCCUUCUCAGAUCAAGUUGUACUUGCUAAGUCCGCCUUUCUUUUCGGUGGUCAUGUGUACUUCAAGCAAAUGCUCGGACAUCGGGAUUUGGAAAUGGAAGGAAUAUCCCAGGAAGAUCAAGAUGCAUCUCAAUGCACGGAGGACGACUCCAAUCAAACUCGUAGACUGUCCGCCUGUGAUAGUGCCACGACAUCUCCGAGCAGGACGAGGGCCUCCCAACAGAGCACAAAAGCAACUGUCUUCGAGGACACGAAGCCGGUGGUUGCUCUCACGGAAAUAGUAAAAGAGACGCGGUUUUCAGCAUUAACGAAGCUCUCUGCUUUCACGUUCGGGUCAAGAGAAGCCUUUUUUCUUCACAUCUUGAAUCCACGCUCUGGGGAGGAAAGCGAGCGGGGCUUAGCAACUUUCGAAGGAAGAAGUCUAGAAGCGAGAAGAGCGCGUAUCGUGGCUCACAAACGUCGCUUGGAGGCAGCAAUUAUGAUUGCGGAUGGAAAGCAGGACGCAAGACCAAGAACACAGGAUGUGCCUGCGGAGCCAGAUGAGGAUAUUCAUUUUCCGUCUUCUCUUGGUACGUCGCUUUCGUCGUCGCCUAAAACAGAUGAUUCACCUGCGAAUCGAGAGCGUGAGUUUCGUGAGCUGCUGUUUGAAGAUCCGCUUGUUUGCUCACCUGAGUUACAGCAUCACUUGCAUGUCAAAAAUGACGUCUCUGAACACAGCGAGUUGCGGAUAGAAUUCCUGCGAGACGCCACGCCGCUGGAUGAAUUGCUGCUGCUCGCAGUUGAUAACGUUACUGUUGAAGAUCAGGAUCAGGAGAGGUUGCCUCUACGAGAAACAGGUCCAGGUGGUCUGCUUGCGUACGAGGUGAAAUUUUGGCCGCAAUCUUUACAGAAGCAAUUUGUCGUGGCAAUGGGAGUAGAGCAAGAUGAAAACGCACAUAUACUACAGAGCAGUCGCGACGGUGAAAUGUGUCCAACAUCGCGCAGGCAAAACCUUCACCAGCUCCUUCGAAAACAGAUUCACAUCACCUACGUAAUUCUCUUGGUCUUGCAGAUGCUCGUUUGCUUGCGUGAAUCCUUUGUGCAACACAAUGACCUGUGGUCGCCAAAUGUUCUGUUUGUUCCGAAGUACCGGAAGCUGAUUGUGAUCGACUGGCAGCUGGCGCAAUUGCGAUUCCAGAGGGGGUCCUUCAUUCCUCCAGAAAUCGCUGCAGUUUCGAAGAUCGUCUCAGCAGGUGAUAGAAGUGGACUGAUGUUGUCAAGCGGCUCAUCAUCGGUUCGAGGAAGUGAUGCGGACAACUCUGCUUCCAACCUGCUUGGAAGCUUGCACUACGAAGGGGACCUCACGAGGACACUAGAUGGCCUAGAUGAAGAUGGAAAUUAUUGGGAGCAGCAUGAAGAUAGUGCGCUGAAUCAACUUCUCGCUGACGACGAUGAGGAAGAUUCAGGGAUGCGCACGGCCGAGCAGAUGAAAGAAGGCAAGAAACAAACAACCCUGUCUACAAGUGGGCAGUUGGUACGACGGCGAGCCCUAAACUUUCUGCGUCGCCACGGAUUUAGUGGUGCCGAUGCCUUUCCGGACAUCGUUGCGCCAUAUACACCCUUCACCGGACUCGGCCAGAGCCCACCAAGCGUCAGAGAUGCAUGGAUUGAGCCUCGCAGUGAUAGAUUCAUGUUCUCUUAUCAGCUAGAGUAUCUUCUUGGUAAACUACAGUCGGGCUCGGGUCGUUCGGACGGGCGGGCUCGUCUCCUCGGUAUAGAGAAGAGGGAGGGACGACAGGAGCUGCAAGGGGAACAGCACUGCAACAAUGAUUAUGACCUUCUGCAGGAAGGGGAUGACUUUGCACAGGAGUUAGAUAGUCUAGUUCUGGCUCUUAGAGACGAAUCAGAACUACAGUCAUUAGAGCAGAUUGAAGGUAGGUGGCUGCAUUUGCUCAGUGAUCUCCUACGAAGGACUCGAAAGACAUAG